UGGCGCCGGGGCGAGAGCAGCAGCAGCGGCGGCGGCGGCAGCGGCAGCAGCAUGGUGGACAGCGUGUACCGGACGCGGUCGCUGGGGGUGGCGGCUGAGGGGCUGCCGGAUCAGUACGCGGACGGGCGGGCGGCGCGCGUGUGGCAGCUCUACAUCGGCGACAGGCGGAGCCGCACGGCCGAGUACCGCAGCUGGCUGGUGGCGCUGCUCCGCCAGCACCGCUGCCGUUCCGUGCUCGACGUGGCCUGCGGCACCGGGGUGGACUCGGUCAUGCUGCUGGAGGAGGGCUUCCUGGUGACCAGCGUGGACGCCAGCGACAAGAUGCUCAAGUACGCGCUGAAGGAGCGCUGGGAGCGGCGCAAGGAGGAGCCCUUCGACCGAUGGGUCAUCGAGGAGGCCAACUGGCUGACGCUGGAGAAGGACCUGGAGAAGCCUGGAGACGGCUUCGACGCUGUCAUCUGCCUGGGAAACUCCUUCGCCCACCUGCCCGACUUCAAAGGGGACCAGAGCGACCACAAGCUGGCCCUGAGGAACAUCGCCAGCAUGGUGCGGCCUGGCGGCGUCCUAGUGAUCGACCACCGCAACUAUGACCACAUCCUGGCCACGGGCUGUGCGCCAACAGGCAAGAACAUCUACUACAAGAGUGACUUGACCAAGGACAUCACCACAUCGGUGCUGCUGGUGAACAACAAGGCUCACAUGGUGACCCUGGACUACACCGUGCAGGUCCCUGCCACCGAGGCCGGGGCGUCCCCAGAGCUGAGCAAGUUUCGGCUCUCAUACUACCCCCACCAGCUGGAGACCUUCUCGGCCCUGCUGAAAGGUGCCUUCCAGGGGAAGUGCCAGCACAGCGUCCUGGGCGACUUCCAGCCCUACACGCCGGGGCAGGCCCACAUCCCCUGCUACUUCAUCCACGUCGUGAAGAAGACGCCUUGAGGGGAGCCGGGGGGGGGAUGUGUGGAGAGCUCAGCGCUGGGGCGGGGGGGGGGCAUCACGGGUGUCCCCCCCACCCCGGGAGCCCCUUUUCUCGUUAAUUAAGAGCACACGUGUGA